CCUAUUUCAUUCCUUCUCCCCCCCUGUCUUUUUCCCUCUCUGUCUCUUACACAAACACACACCACUUAGCUUCGUUGUUUAGCCUAGACAUGCUUGACCUCUUCACUCUGCUUUGCUCUGUUGGGAUGUCUGGUCUAAGCUUAAAGUUAGGAAUGCGAAUCGGCUGCCAGGGAAUUCAGACUUGGACGAUGGCCGUGUCGGUGCGGGGCCUCUACUUCGUGGUGACCCUGUUUCUGGGGAGUUUCUUCGGAAGCGUCUUCAUGCUGGGUCCGGUCUUGCCCCUCAUGCUGCUGUCUCCUGCGUGGUACCGCUGGCUCACCGAUCGAAUCGUGGCGACCUGGCUCACCCUCCCGGUGUCCCACCUCUCUUCCUCUGCAUUGCUUUUAAAUCACUCGUCCUCUUUCACUCCUUCACCAUCUCUGUCGCUCUGUCGCUACCGUUCUUCCCUGCGCCCUCUUCCUCUCCUCCUCCCGCUGCCCGCCCCCCCUCCCCUCUCUCUUCUGUAGUCCCUGCUGGAGCUGGUGUUCGGGGUGAAGGUGGUGAUCACGGGCGACGGCUUCGUCCCGGGGGAGCGGAGCGUGAUCAUCAUGAACCACCGCACCCGGCUGGACUGGAUGUUCCUGUGGUGCUGUCUGCUGCGUUACAGCUACCUGCGGCUGGAGAAGAUCUGCCUCAAGGCCGGGCUCAAAGCUGUGCCUGGCUUCGGUUGGGCCAUGCAGGUGGCCUGCUUUGUCUUCAUUCAGCGUCGCUGGGAGGAGGACAAGAGGCACUUGGAGAACAUGCUGGACUACUUCUGCGACAUCAGAGAGCCCCUGCAGCUGCUGCUCUUCCCCGAGGGCACGGAUCUGACAGAAAAUACGAAGGCCAAGAGCGACGUGUUCGCCGCACAGAACAACCUGCCGGAGCUGGAGUACGUGCUUCAUCCCCGCACCACCGGGUUCACCUUCAUCGUGGACAGACUUCGAAGAGGAGACAAUCUGGACGCCGUCCACGACAUCACGGUCGCAUACCCCAAGAACAUCCCUCAGACGGAACGCCACCUCAUCCUGGGCCUCUUCCCCCGAGAGAUCCACUUCCACGUGCGCCGCUACCCGGUGUCCUCCCUGCCCUCCUCCUCCUCGGAGCUGGAGUCCUGGUGCCGGCAGCGCUGGGCCGAGAAGGAGGUCCGCCUGCGGGACUUCUACUCCGGCCAGCCGCGGGGCUUCGACAGAGACGGCGUGGCCCGCGUGCCGCCGUGCAAGUCGGAGUUGCGCGUGGCCCUGAUCAAGGCCGCCUCGCUGCUGUACUGGACCAGCUUCAUCGCUCUGUGCUUCACCGGCCUGUGGCUCUGGGCGCCUGUCAGGCUCUACUUCGUGAUCCUGGUCGGGGUGUUUAUGACCCAACAGAAGCUGGUCGGAGGCCUGGAGCUGCUGGAGCUGGCCUGCCACAGGUACUGGAAGACGUCCAGCGUGAGUGAGAAGAAUAAGGUGGUGGAUGGGAAGAUGCAGUGAGGAUUUUAAGAAAGAGCUUUGACUCGUGAGGACACUGAAGGUCGUUUGUCUUUCAGUCCGGGGGGGCCAGAGGGCUCCUGUGAGGAGCCCGACGCCCCAUGCCUUAGGUCCAGAGUAAUAGAUCCAUCUCCUGAUGGAAUGCAUGGCUUCAGUGGAGAGAGCUUCACCUUCUGUUGAAGAGGAAAAAGGAAUGUUACGUACAUUUACCUGUGCGGGGUUCAGCGGCCCUCAUCACUCCCCCUCCAUAUGUCCCUCCUUGUAUAUUCACUGUCAUUUAGCCAACCGUCGGUGCGUUCCGUCAGUUUUAUGUUGUUGGUUGUUCGUCACUGUUCCAAACCUCGAUGUGAAAAAAAAAAAAAAAAAAAAAAUGCUGUUAGUAUUUGUUAUACUGUUGCCAUGUUUAUGAAAAGUGGUUUAAUUGUACGCUACGUCGCCCUCAGUUCCCACGUCACGAACGGAACAGAGCCAUAGUACAGAGCGUCUGUACGCAGGAUGACUUGACUUUGAACACUACUCAGAUCAGCACUGUUCGCUGGACGCGCUGAUAAUUAAAGCUCUUUUUAUUAGCCGCGUCGAGCAAGGGAAGAAAGGACCGAUCUAAUUACAAGAUAAUUACUAAGGAGUAUACAGGUAUAUUUGUGCACCAUUGUUUACUUUUAUUAGGUAUAAUUUACAUUUUUUUUUAUACAUUUUGGGAUUGUCCUCAGUUUGUCCUUAGCAUCGGGUAUUUAUUAUUUUAGCUUUUGCACAUUAAAAGCCAAAGGUGAGAAAAGCAGCAGGAUGUGAAAUAAAGCAACCAAACACGAUGCCUUGUUAGGAGCGGGCACCUUCACACACGGCGAGCCGAGGCGACACCCGUGAUGGUCAUCGUAUCAAAAUUAAAGAUUUGACUCCGAUCUCAAGAGCUGUGGGAGCAGAUGGACUCCGUGCCCUUUCUGGGAGAGGAGGGAAGCCCGGUGGAGGCAGGAUGUGGGUGGAACAAUGUCCUGUUGGGACAACAUCACCCCUCCAUGUGCAGGGUGGCAGCGGAGAGCCAGACUUGGAGUGGAAAACUGGCCCCGAACUCCGGCUAAUCCCAAAAAGCCCCGUAAUGCCCACCUCUGCCUGCGCCCCUCUCCGGAGGACUGGCACUGAUGCGCCUGCUAAACCUAAUUAGCAAAUGACAGCUGAGAAAGCUUCUCCAAUUGUGCCAAAAAAAAAAAAAAAAAACGAGAGAGAAAUUAAACCGAGAG